AUGCUGAUUAUUCGUCCAGCCAUACUCUUAUGGAAUGGCCAGCAUUUCCCCUUGUAUCAUAUCGACGGUUCAAAAAUCGCAGAUCUAGAGAUAUCCAGCGAACCAGCUCCUCAAACACCAGUGCACCAUAGAAAUGGACACUUCGACAAUAGUGGAUAUCAUUCUUCCUCUCAGCAUGGCCAACUACCACGUCCUACAGCUUCAACCCAAUCUGAGUCCGUGUCCCACGGCGCAGGCGCUCCAUCUUUCGUGGAUCCGGCGAUCUUGAGUUUUAAACGCCCAUCUACACAGGAUGGACGCCAGAAUGCAAACAACGAGGUAGAGCCAGUGACCAUUCCGUCGCAUACAAUUUCCACUUCACCUGUUAUGCUGGGGGGCUCGGAGGUGCCGACAUCAGCGCAUGCGAGCCAUCUUGGACACCACGCACGACUUCCGGCCACACUGAACGCACCCUUUAGUGACUUAGAGCUUAGCAAGCCAGACCAGUCUUCUUCCCUUAGAGAAGAUAUUGUUGAACAACAGGAGCUAGAGCAUAACUCCGUACCUCAUGACCGAGCUCGCGGAGUUAAUAGCUCAGCCGCCCCUCAACUUAAGCCCGUGGGGAAGCGGGGCAAGCGAGGUAAUAGAGGGAAAGUAGACAAGGAGGGUGGAGAAACAACUGAUAUCACUGCGACUGAAAUGCAUGUCUCUGCAACCAGCCAUGGUAGAAAGGGCGUCCUGGGCAAGGGAUGGAGGCAGACUGCCUUCAUCGAACCAAUUGAUACUUCUCCAACCGCCAACAAGUCAAAGCUAAAGGCUAAAAAGACUCGAGCCCAGAAAGAGAAUUUGAAUGGAUGGGCAACUGAAGAGGCCACUGAUAUCCAGGAGCUUGGUGACUUUGACUUCCAAAGUAAUCUAUCCAAGUUUGACAAACGAAGAGUGUUUGAUGAAAUAAGAAAUGAUGAUAUGACCCCUCUGGAAGAUCGCUUAGCAAGUUUCAAUAGGCGGCCUAAACCUGGGACAAAUGGAGGAAAGAACCUUCACUAUACAGAAAAUGUAUUGGACUCUACAACUCAGCAGCAUACUUCCCAAUGGAAUAGCGAAGCUGGAGAAACGGACGAUGAGUGCACAGGCAAUGGCCGGACAUCAAGUCGCAACCGUUCUAUGCCAUCGCGGAAGGGUAGUGGUGUGAUAGCGUCUACUCCGUCUUCCGCUCAAUUCACCAUCCUGGGUCGCCCGCAUCUCACGUCUGCCCGUACUGUCAGCCCGCAGCCAAUCAAAGUCAUGAAACAUUCCGCAUCCUCCAUGACAGGGUCGUCAAGUCCAUCAGGCGGCGCGCUCCACAUGAUAACUACCGGAAGAAAAUGCCCAAGCAUCAGCCCUCUUCAAAUGGUGGAGAUUGAGCAAAUAGCCGUCUCAGAGCUCGGUCUUACUGAAGACAUCGUCACGGAGAAUGCUGGUAGAGGCAUUGCUGAAGGAGCGAUCUCCCUCGCAACAGGGCUGCGUGUGCCAUCAAUAAUCGUAGUGUUUGUGGGAAACCAUCGCACUGGUGCACGCACCGUUGCUUCUGCUCGCCACCUACGCAAUCGUGGUUAUCGUGUUUCCCUAUGUGUUCUAGGCAAUGGUCGUGAUGGUGAAUUUACCGACGGGUUCCAGAAGCAAAUUGAUAUAUUCCAAAAAGCAGGAGGCAAUGUCAUGCGAUGGGAAGAUCUUUCCGCUCGGCUCUCGAUGGGUGAUUUUAAACCCAAACUUAUCAUCGAUGCGCUUUUUGGUAUGCAUGUUGCAUUCGAAGAUUUGCGUACCGAUGACCAAGCAACUGCCUUUGAAAUUAUAUCCUGGGUCAAUCGAAGCAAGAUUGAUAUUCUAUCCGUUGAUGUUCCUUCUGGCCUAUCUGCAACUACGGGAGAAGCAACUGUCUCUCAAGGAUCCCAACUCGCAGUAUCUUCCCAAUUUGUCAUCUGUCUUGGUGCACCUAAGACAGGUUUAGUGACUGCUUUGUCUUCACGAGGGGGAGAGUCCUGGCAAAUUGCGGUUGCGGAUGUGGGAAUCAGUCCUGUUGCAUGGAGAAAAUACGGAACCCGUCGUCGUCACGGAGUUGAGUUUGGCAGCGCCUGGGUAGUACCUCUGAGAUUCCAGCUUUCUACUCCUUGA